AUGAAGACCGCGGCAGCAUUUCCUCAAACUAGUUCACACAUUCCCGCGCAACAACAGCACACACAAAACCAGCUUCAACAGUCAAGUGCUUUUAGCCACCAGAUGCAGCAACAGCAACAACAACAGCAGCAACAGCAUCUGCUGCAACAACAACACCAGCAGCGAAUGCAGCAACAACAUGCUCAGCUUCAUCGAUUAUCACAACCGCACACGCUGUCUUCCGUGCAUCCUACGCAGACGGUGACCCAAGCUUCCACGGGUCAUGGUGCACAAGCGAGCGUGUUUCCCAAUGCGGAAUUUUUCCAGACUCUUCAACAAACUGCUGCUGCCCUACCCACCGUACUUCCAUAUGACCAAUCUCAAUAUAUCGGACAGUUAAUGUAUUUCCCUUAUCCAACCGCGGCGGCGGCUGCAGCUAAUGGCCUUUUUGGAACAGCUUCAACGGGUGAUUCACAGCAAAUGAGUGCUUGCUCGACCACUCCAGCUACGCAACCUACUCUCAUUAACCAAGUUUCCAGUAACGCGGGACAAGUCAUUGGCGGAGCCAGUUUAGUCNGUCUCCGCCACUCCUGGUGGCCUGGUUACUUUAAAUCCAAACAGUGGAACCGCAAAUCAAGUACAAAAUGCGAGCCACUUGCUCAACCCAAGUGCCAGCAUGGUCGGGCUUGCUGGUAG